GUGACCAGUUAUCAUCAACGGAAUUAGAUAAAAAUGAAAUAAAACUUCCCAAAUUUGACAAAAUUGAAGUACAUGACGGGUACCGAAUUGUGGCCGGGAUAGUUUUAACGAGAUCACCAGUUAUUCUUAGAGAUCCUCACCCCUUUGAACGAGAAUAUUAUUUAUAUCAACAACGUUUAGAACAGAUACACGCGCCUCCAUUUCCGGUGGAUUUUUAUUUUAAAAAGGGCAGUGUGGCCGAAAAAAAGUGGAGGGAAAAAAGAGAAAGAGAAAAAGUAGAGUCUUUAUCAGCAUUCGGGGCGAGUAAAGGCGACCUCAAAAGUGAAAAAUUUGAUGAUGAAUCGAGUGAUGAAGGUGUCAAAAUUGCUAGUAGAGUAACUCUUGCAGACAUGAAAAACGAUGUUAAAUCACUUGAUAGAGUUUUACAACGAACCUUGUAUCUUAUUGUCAAGAAACCCAGGGACGAACAUUCGUGGCAAUUUCCUCAGGGUGGAGUAGAAAAACCUGAAACAUUACUUCAGACAGCCACUAGAGAACUAAAAGAAGAGUGUGGGAGUAACAUGGAUAUUUGGUUUGUUGGGCGGAGGCCCUUUGGAUAUUACGAAUAUGAAUAUCCCCCGGGCUAUAGUCGAGAUCAAAUGAAAUUUAGCGGAGCAAAGGUGUUUUUCAUGAAAGCUCAUAUAUUCGCGGGUCAGGUCGAGGUUGAUAAUAAGGAAAUUGUUGAUUUCGCAUGGGUUACCAAACAAGAAAUGCAAAAAUAUGUACAUGCAGAGUACUACAAUGCAGUCAAGGAUAUGUUGUCAGAACUUUGA